UAUCUAAACGUGAUGGUCGAAAAAAACAAAAAAGGAAUAUGGCUGACUUUUUGUCGUGGAGAUUUACCAAAUGAAAAAUAGCAGAUUAUUGUGUUUUACCAACUGUUUUCAUGUUUGAAGACUGUUAAAAACAAAGCAACUAUGAGCGGGCGUUAUCGAGAUUACGACAAAGGGUCGUCUCGAUCCACGCGCGAUGAUUCUAGGCCGUACAAGGAGAGGCGUGAGGAUCGUGAGAGACUAGAGCGCAGACGUUCGAGAUCGCGCUCUCCUCGUCGGUGGUCCCCAACGCGCAGUAGCAGCUACGGCCCCGGCAGGUCCUCUAGCAGCAGAGAACGAGACAGAAGGGACUAUGAAGAUCGGAGUCACAAACAUGCUCCAGAGUGGGAUGAACCAGAAGAUGUGCCUGCACCGCCUCCACCCCCUCGCAUUACUAAAAUCUCAAUUGGUUUCAACAAACCCAAGGCUCCGAUCAAGAUGAACAUAGGUGGUCCCGCCAAACCUGUGGCCAAGCCUGCCGUAGCAUCAGUGUUUAGUGCUGAUGAUGAUGAUGAGCCUGAGGAGAUGCCUGCUGAGGCUCGCAUGAGGAUGAGGAAUAUAGGAAGAGAAACACCAACAUCAGCUGGACCCAACUCCUUUGGCAAAACAAAGCAAGGCUUCUGUGAUGCCAAGAAAGUUUUUGAGAAGAACCUGAAGCAAGCUCUCGAAAUGGCUGACAAACCAGCCAUGCCCAAACUCCCACAAACCAUCUACAAGAUUAAGGGUCCUUGAUAUUGAAAAUAUGAAGGGAAACGCUGCAAACAAGUUACUGUAGACAGCCUUGAGAAAGCUGCCAGUCUUUAAAAAUAA